AUGAACAACAGCAACCCACUGCAGUCCGGCACCAGCACCUACAUGGCUUCAGCACGAUACCGACCGCACCCGCUCCCUCUUGAUCUCGCAAACCCGCGCCUGGCCUCCAACGAUGCAUACGCUGUGAAAUUCCAGGAGAUUCUGCGCGACGGGGAGAGCCUAGUGAUUGCUCGAGUCAAGGUUUCGACACCCAUCGAGCACGCUUUUGUACUGCGGCGGUUGGACACUGGGGCAAUCUCGUUGACGUCGAUGUUCCGUGCUGCAUUUCCCGGCGCGCCCUUGAACGCGGAGAAAAAUGAAUGUCGUUGGGUCAAGACCGCCUACGAUACCUCUGGCGCGAAUAGGGAGGGCGGAGCGCUUUUCUCUGGAACAUGGGUCCCUACGGCGGUCGCGCAGGAACUUGCCCCAUCCUAUCGCCUCGAUCAUGUUUUAAAACUCCUAUUAGCGGCAGAGCCAACGCCCAGUCUCGAACUCUAUCGUGGUGCACGUACCAUGACCGAACCGCGAAGCAGCAUCCCCGCCCGAAACACUUCAAGGCCGCGUUAUCAUGGGUCAGUUCACACUGCUGAACCCCACCUGCCGAAUGUAAGCCGGCGUGGGUACGCCAAAGCGCCUACGCUUGUUCCCCGUAGGACCCCAGUCGGUGAUUUGUCUACCACUGGUUUCCUGCCGGCGCCGACUGUCUCGGGGCGCGCCCCUCGUCAUGCUUACAACGGAGUUGCUGGUCCUAUCCUUCACGCCCGGGACACUGACGGCGGGCGGUCGUCAGGCUCGGAUGCCCGAGCAGUUGGUCGGCGUUAUAUCAUUUACUGGGAUCUCGUCGUAGCGGCCGUGCUGAGCGCGAUUCUAGCGUUAGUCUGCUACCGUGUUCUGUGCUAG